AUGAUGCUGGCACACGAUGUCGAAAAUCUGAACGGUGUGGAUGUCGAGUGCAUGUCAGUGGACUUUCAUGGACGACCCAGCUCGCUGGCCAGAUUCAUGCAAGCAAAAGGUCGAGCCAGGGACGGAUACAAUGACGAUUUAUGUGCUGGACUGCGACAUGAGGUGACUGUAGAAGUGAAAGCAAAAUAUGAAAUGUUAGAAAAUGACGACAACGGAACGGCAUGCCGAGAUGUCGAAGAGGGAAGUGAUACCGAAUUCGAUUGCAGAUCUCGAUGUCGAAUGAAAUUCAUUCAGCAGCUCUGCAAAUGCACCGGCUUAACGUUGAGUUAUUUGGCAAAAGAGGAUGAGAAAGAACUCCAGAAGUAUCCGUUGUGUGACUACGAAAAAUGCGAUAUUGAGUUAGUUGCUAUUCGUGUAAAUAACUGCUCUAAAUCGAAUGCUGCAUUUGCGUGA